AUGUCGAGCACCAGCCAGUUUGGUGGUUCCAAUGACUCUUCUCUUGAGCAUUGCUUCACAAAUAUUUUUGCUUUGACUGAUUUUGGUGGCAUUCAGUACCAAAAAUAUGUCGCCAAGUUUGAUAAAGAAUAUACGAACGCUUUGGAUGAUCCCAUCAUAAAGUCCUACGUGCUAUGUCAACAGAACAAUGUUCUGUCCACAUGGGUCCGCUCUAAACGUGAGAACACCGAGAAGCAUGAUCCUGGCGCCUUCUCCGAAUUCAAUAAGCAACUUUGGGUGUUCUGGUAUGGAAGCGGCGACUUUCCGAACGCUGCAACAUGUAUCCUUCCGGAGCUGCGCAUGGAGGACCAGGGAAACUGGCGUCAAGGCCUCUCUUACGAGAUACGCACGAUUCUUUUUCGUGCGCUCCAUAAUGUUGUGGAAAGAUGCUUAUUGAGCAAGGGUUUCGUUCGGCUUGGCAAAUGGUUCAUCCAGCCGUAUAAACACAACUGUACACAAGACUAUACGCAGUACAGCGUUAGCUUCUCGUUCUUUCUUCACGGAGAAAGCACCGUCUGUGCUAGUCUGGAUUUGCGACAACAUCCGUUGGUCAGGAGGAUAGGUGUGAAACAUAUUUGCCACUGCGCGGAUACUCGUCAAACGCUUCCUGUCGUCUUAGCUCCUUACGGCAUAUCUGCUGAGCUUGUCGGUCGUGCCACUUUUGUCACUGAUAAGGACAUGACUGAUGAACUGGAGACUUGGGCUGGGUUUUAUCCUCUGAAACCGGCUGUCGAGUUGGACAACUGUGGAUUUCUGGAUGCUGGUCUCCCCCAGUUUAUGGCGUCCGUUCAGGGGUUGCGGACUCAGGGUCAACACAAAUACAACAGCGUCGCGGAUAAACGGAUCAGGGAGGUCGAAACGGAUGGCAAGCCUUCAGAAGGAACUCCCAAGUUCGUUGAAGUGAUUGUUGGUGGAUUCCGGAUGCGCUAUCCAUCUUGUUUCGUGCUCCUUUCGGAUGCUGACAAGGAUGAUGUGUCCGCCGAGAAUGCAUCACCAACGGCAGAGGACCUUUUCCCGACAUCAGUUGUGCCAACCACACAUCACGGGUAUUCGAGGCAACCGGACUGUACUUUGUCACAAAACUCCCGAGAGUCCAAGUCUAUGCGUUUGUGGCGCUCUCGUGGCAGAAGAAUUAGAGCUUCUAAAAUGAAAGACAGGCGUACACAAGAUGGUACACCAGCCUCGUCAGGAACGCUCCAAACGAACCUCCUGUUUGAUGUUCGUCGCAUUUACUUUGCUGAUCGAUCACUAGAUCGUUCGGGUCAUGUUCAUCUUUUGCCGACCAAUAACAAGCGAACUUGGUCCACUGAACCGGAGACCCCAAACCCAACAUUUGUUCCCACGGACGCGAGCGACGGUGACCGGAAGCGCCUUGCAACUACUCGUUCUUGGUCAGCGCGGAGUCCGUUUGUGAAGACAACUUGCUGUUGUCCAAGGUCUAGGAUUUCUCAUCAGCUCUCUGAUCGACGGACCUUUCACGCAAAUGACUCUGUCUCUCGUAGCACCCUUCGGACGUUGGUCAACGAACUCGAUGCUUUCUGCGAUCAUGGCAGAACUUCCCAACCCAGCUGUAAUGUUUUGGUUCCCCAUGACCCUUCCAUGCCAACACUCAGUCCACAACAACCAACUUCUCUUAUCGGCACAAAUCUCACUCCUGUGGCCAAUUGGAACCGCACUUCAUUGGAGGUAUCCGUGCCCCUAUGUGCAAGAAAUGAUGUAAUUUCAGCGGCCUCAGUGUCAAGUUCUGCCUUGAAUGCUCCUCCUUCGCUAUCCUCCGCUUCAGUAGUGGCAGGAAUAGACACUGUUGGCUCCACUUCUGCCACUAAAAUUCCACCUCCGUCUUCGGUUGAUCCAUCAAACCAACUCCCAAGUGGUUUGGUGCUUGUGGACCGACCGACUUCACCCAGUAAUCAAGCAGUGAAAUCUAGAGACUCAACAGCGUCUCUUGCUGUUGUCAAGCGUUCAUUCGGAAAUUUGUGGUUAACCAAGUGUGCCCAGCAGGAAUAUCAUUUUGCUACAAAUGAGCCUCCCAGAAGACCGAACCUCCAACUUGAUCCAGUGGAUGAGGAUGACUGGCACCAACUGCCCACUGCCGACCAGCUCCCUAUUUCUCUUCCCGAUCGUUCUGCGUCCCCGUUCAAGCUAGGAUCCUCUGAGGAAAACUUAACUUGCGAGGACAGUGCACCACGCGCUAAACGAGCCCGGCUAUGUUGGCGGGGGCUAGCUGGUGACUUAUUUGAUGGUUUGUCCGAAGAUCCUCAGAUUUCAUCAUCCCUCGAGCAAUAUCAAAACUCGGUCCUGUCAUUCGAUCCAGUUCCUGUCACUCCAGAGGCUUUCUUUGAAGCUUCUGAGACAGAGCCACUUGAAGACGAUCGACAUGGGGCCUUAGCAACGAUGGACCUAUCGUUGUGCUCGACUGCGGGGCCGACAAGCACAAGUAGCUUGUUGGGUCGCACUCUUGGACUUCUACCCCACAAGGGUGUCAGUCUUGCGAGCAGUACCGGUUCUGGUCAUUUGGGCCCCGCCGAACUGGCCCUUAUGCUUCCCACGCCGCCCUCACACGAUGCUCCGCAACCAAGUCCCGUUGACGGCGUUGCAGUUGUUGGGGCGAAUGUCCGAUCCUCUGCCAGCAAUACUGCAGACUCCCCAGGAUCGCUUCCUAACACUACUGUUCUUUCGGAGCCUAUCGUGACCCCUCACGAUCCAGCCUGCAAUUCUGCAGUUUGGUCACAGCGGCCACAACCACAACAUUUGCUUACCUUAGCUAAGCAAUGCUGUAUCCAGACGCACCAUUUUGGGAAUAUCGACCCCAAUCAAGACUGGUCGUUCACGCGUUCGUACACAGCUUACUUCGGUAUAGCAAGCAGCUAUCAAAUUUCCCGGCACGACGCUAACGCGAAUGGGAAGCGUCUUCCUACCUUGCCUUAUGCCUUCGACCAUCGGGUGCAAAACACGAAAGCGUCUUUCUUAUCGACUUUUGUGGACAGUACUACUGGUGGUUGCUUUCUUCGCACAGCCACAAGCCCAGCUCAACUACCGCACCCCAAAUCCGGGUCGGUUUCUCCAACAUUUUCAAUCACCACUCAAUCGCGCGAAGCCCUUCCUUUUGAUAACAAGCCACCAUCACCGCAUUCUCUGUCUGCUGCACCCGCCAACGGUGCCGUAGCUCACCUAGCAGAUUCAUCUGUCACUUCUGCUUAUGUCACUGAAGAACUUGCUGAAAGGUUAAUUGGGCUGUUAAAGGCCAGUGGAAUUUUGGUCAAUCUUGCACUCUCUGAUUCCAUGUUAAAUUUGUUCAAGGAUCACAACUUUGAUUCGUGUAAUAUCUGUGAGUGCACCUCCUCAGUACUUGGAAACGAGAUCGACGUAUACUUGUCUAAUUCAGCACCUCAGCUUAAUCCAUCGAAUGGUAGACCACAGAGGACAUCUCUUGGGAGUAAUGGUGGUGGCUUCGGAGCCCAUGAUCUGGUCAGUGCUUCAGGAUUCGGAUGCGCCAAAGACUGUAAAUGUGGCUUUAGUGCAGUAAUGAACCAGAAAUACGUGGUGAAUGGAAAUCUUUUUUACGAAGAUGAAAUCGAGGUUACCAGUUUACGAUUUCUUUCCGCAUCCACUGACGAUGGGCGUUCGGCGUCAUACUCAGUCGUUCCUAACUACAAACGGCCUCCUGGAUGGUGGCAAUCGUCAACUACUUAUGAGCAUCUCCUUUUACUUCAGCGAAUCGUGGGAAGUGUGUACGAUGAGUUUUCCGUACGUAACUUGAUGGAAUUUAUCCGGAGGGUCAAACUACCUUGUUCAGUUGGUGCGAAUAAAGAAAAUCUGUUGGAGUAUGAUGCUGUUUGUGCUCUGGUGUCAGCUGCUUUUCGUGAAUCCAGUAAAACUGUGGAGAAUCAGUCACCCGUCACUCACUCUGCCGUGGAAUCUGGAAUUUCAGUCCACCCGUCUUACAUAUUCAAAGCUCAGUCGAAGAUCCCAGAAAACCACAAUGAUCAGAUCCGUUUACUCGCAACUAUGCGACCAUGGCUCCAGGAGGCUAUCUCCUCGACUCGUUUGCUGGAGUCUAAUUACACUGUUGAUGGUCCCCUUACCUGGAAAGCCUUCCAUCAGCUGGCGGGUCGUGGGUCCGAUGAGACUUGCAAACCACAACCCAUCCCUCAAUUACGUGUGGGUGGUUCGGAAAAAGAUCACUUACUGAUUUCACCUUUUUCUCUCCGUGACUGGGACCGACUCUCGCUUUCCCCUCUUUCACAACCGAAAAACAUCGCUUAUGCGGUGAUCCUUCCAAAUGAGCAUUUUGGACAAAGACCUGACCGUAACCUAUACCUGAGUCCUCCAAUGCCAAUUUUGGGUCACAGCGAUAUGGGACGCAUGCUGAAUUCGACAAGGAAGCGUAUGAAUGAGACCGGUGCUGUUCAGCGCUCAAAGGAAAAUUGGCUCAUCGAACACUCUUUAUCUCAAUUUCUCACUGAACUGUCCCAUAUAUACGAAAACUGUCGCUUGGGGAAUCACCUCCCUUAUCACCAACCUGAACUCAACCGUCCGGAAACGGCAUUCAUUCCGGUGGACCCAACUCCAUCUAAGCAAAUUACGAACGACCGCAGUGAAAUGCCACCGGAUCUCUUCCAGUCUCUCGUUCAACAACUUCAAGGCCAUUGUGAUUCACCAGAAGCUUUCGUCGACUACUUACAGUCAUACGUUAGAGCGGCGUUCUCUGCUGCAAUAACCCAUUUCGAGGAACGUGGGAUCACGGUACCCACCUCCGUUCGAAGCUCAGGGUCUCUGCAGGUAGGGGCAUCCGAUCUUUUCCCGACUUCUGCCAGUCAUCGGUCAAACACAGUCCUCAAGAAAGAUUUUGACAAAGAAAAUGACCUAAAGUCAAAAAUCCGUUCAAGCGCACCAAGGACCGGAAAAAUACUGGGCCAUUCUUCAACGAACCCGCGUAAUGGUCAAGGUCCUCUCACCUCCUCUCUUGAUAGUUCGUCUUGGGUUACUACUCGUGAUACGUACCUUGUAAUUUACUUUCUGAAUCCAUAUUCCCAGAUCUGUGAUAUGAACCCCAAGUUAUUCCGAAUCGUUAUGCAAGCAUUUGUGAGCUGCGCCAACAAAAUUCUGACCGCACUUCCAGAGUCCUGGCAACCCCGCGUUAAUAUUCAGUUCCUGUCGAUGGAUCAUCUCAUGACAGACUACUUACCGCGACUUCGCUCGGUCGCGCUCGCCCUUUAUUCUUCUGUUGACCGUUACAUUGAACCCAGUCUAAUAAAUGCUAACCGAACACUUACAGGUAUGGGUCCUGCAGCGGAGAAAGAAGUUAUCUCGAAUGAGAGGGAGUCGUCACAUAGGCGUACAGUCAAGGCUCCGCCAUAUGUGUUGGUUGGAACACAGGAGCUCUUCGGCCAAUGGGAUUUACCCCCUUCUGAUCCUUUCCAUCGUUCCUGCGUUCUGUUUGUUGCCUAUUGUUUGUCGCAAGAUCAGCAGUGGUUAUUGGCCAGCUUCACGGACGAACAAGGCAGCCUUCUGGAUCAGACGUUAAUCAAUAUCCGUGUUCCAUCCACGUUCUUCUCCAGCUCUGAAUGUGGCGGUGCGCAGCCACAACCAGCAGGUUCUGAAGGCACACGAAUUGUCAGUCCUCGUCGCAUCGGUUUGCUGCGACUGUGGGACUAUAUGAUUAACUUGAUAAGUCGAACGGCCAAUCCGUGGCGCCUAGUCGUUGGUCGCGUCGGUCGGCUGGGACACGGCGAAUUGAAAGGUUGGAACGGUCUCUUGGGUCGAAAAAGUUUGCAAGAUGUCAACCGAUUUUUCCGUGAUCGUUGUUCAACGUGUAAUCUAUCCGCCUGCGUCUCCUCUCAGCCGCCCGGUGGGUCCAAAGCUACGUUAAAUCUGGUCAACUCUGCCAGUGGAUCCAAUAGCUGCACUCACGAGCUACCCAGUCUGAUAAGUGCUUGUCUGGUUUCUUUGGAACCACAGAGCACAUUUCGGAUAUAUCCUGGGCUCGGCCUCUCGCCAGAGGACGCUUGGGCCCUUGGUGGUGGAGGUGGAGGGGGUGGUGGCGGAGGUGGUGUUGGUGGUGGUAACACCAGUAGUUCAAACAGUACAAGCGCAGGUGGAAAUUCGGGGACUUGUGGUGGAUACACGCCUUCUGCGUUCGGCAUGCGCACCACUAUGAUGGUUGGUAAUGCAAUGACAUCGAAUGAGGUCCCCAGUGCGACGCAUAUCCUCGUCUUUCCGACGAGUACCUCUGCAAGUGGACUAUCCGAGCAUGAUGCACCGGCUUUGGAUGAGGUAAUGAUCGGUAUGGAUUUGCUGGAUUGGCUACACUCUGGCAACAAUGAACUGGGUGAUCUUGAUGCUUCCGGUCAUGCUGCGGAUGCUAUGUUUGCGGCGUUUGACAAUCCCUCAGGCUUAGAAUUUGGUUUGGCUGGUUUGGGGGCUGCCGUCGGCCCCGGGGGAGUCACUGACCAUUGUGGUUCUGGUGGUAAUGCUGGAACCUGUCCAGUUCUUGGUAAUUCGGCGGACAACCUCUUAGGACACGGUGACUACAACGGCUCGCUUCACGAUCAUAGGGGACACGAUCGCCCAUCUGAUAUUGUGGGUUUGCACGGUAUGUCGAGCUCCAGCGUAGAUUUGGGUGGUGGGAUGCUCAACGGAUUGUCGAAUGCUGUCCAUCCUAGUGACCGGUUUGAAUCCCACUCGUCAACGUUUGGACCUGAGCUCAACACAAUGCCUUACGGCUUGAGUGACCUGCCGGACGAAGUUGCCAAUUUGAUGCAGCAGCCAUUGGCGAUGGGAUACUAUGUAUCGACUGCCCCUGCAGGUCCGCUACCGUCGUGGUUCUGGGCUGCCUGCCCGCAUGCAAGUCUACAGUUUCCGGUUUGCCUGAAGUCAGCUUUGCACUUGCAAACUAGUCUGGUAGGCAUGGAUGACGCUGCCGCUGCCGCCGUCGGAACCCCUGGCCCACCACCGAGCGCCGGCCCUGGUGUCGGUUCCGGUAUGGCAACAUCCGACCGACCAAACCAUUCCUUAGAUUCCACAAGUACCUGUGAUGUAUUGCGCUAUGUUCUAGAAGCAUAUAACGCCUUGUCCUGGUUGACUGUAAACCCAGUGACUAAUGAUCGUCGUUCAUGCCUCCCCAUCCAUAUGCUUCUGUUAUGUCAACAGUACCAUGCCAUUGAGUCAUUCACCUGAUCUUGCCAUAGGCACGCCAAGUCUUGAUAUUUUCUGAUGUUCAACUCCCGUCGGCAGCUUUCAAUGACUAAAUUUUUCCCCUUACUUCUGAGACGUCCUGCGAUCCCUUUUAGUGAUGUUACUCACUAAUUAACGUGGGUCGUAUGGUUGUACAUAGUUUCUUUAUUUCCAGUUUCCCUACUGGAGUGUACAAUAUCCUACUAGAUCCUUUCUUCUCCUUGUGUCGAACUGACCAAGGGGACCAAACGAUUUCGGCUGUGCUGUACAUUGCAGUCCUACUGAGUGAAACUAAAUGAAAAUGCGUAGUCGGAUUCGUCUCCACCUCAGUCUACUCGUCUGUGUUGUGUACAGUUAUCACUUUCCAUUCACGAGACGCUUCCGUUCCACCUUUCAUUUUCUUACUUUUCCCUCCUUAUGUCCUCAUUUCAAUGCUCUCUGUUCUCAGCAGUCUAUGAUGUUCCAUGCUAGGCAGCCACGGGCGACAUAACAACCUUGUAUCCCUUCUAUGCGUCAUUAUUGGUGCCUUGUUUGACCACUGUCCGACUUCUGUGGAUGAGCCGGUCGAUUUGUUCAUCUUGGUUCAUGUUUCUUCUAGUGUCUUAUGUGCCUUGUGGUUAGAGAUUGUCUUCUUCUUAUCGUGGACUUGUAAUAUCUCUAUCCAAUUCAGCCGAAUGAACGCAGGUGUACAUAACCUCUGAGGACUCCUAUUUGUUAUCUUUCAUCAGAACCCACGUAUCCGUUUCAAAACGUCCAUGCUUGUUUGGACGGGUUGUGUAAAUUGCUCUGCGCAUCUGUAUAGGUCUUCGUAUAUAUAUUCAUACUUCAGUCGAUACAUUUCAUCCCGUUCAGAGCAUUUGUCUUCUCUUCAAUUUGUGUUGACGCUGACAAACAAGCGUAGACUGUACAUGAGUAUGUUCCGGCCUGUCCUAUCCUGUUCCAAUUUCUGCAGGGAUCUUCUAACUUAUCGGCUGGUCGAAUAUA